GGAAAACCGUAUCUCUUUCGAUGACUCUGAAUGGAAGAGCCUUCUCGAGAACUUUUGCUCUAAACGACUGGACGACUGGGCAAAUGAAGUCCUUGCAACACCAUCGCGCUGGAGCAUCAAGGAAGAAUCUAUUAUGAAUUUAUAUCACAUCCUCGCACUCUUGCCACAUCUACCUAAUAUCGUCGACGCCGUCGCAAGGGUUGUAGACGCCUUACUCUCAUUGAAUUUGGACGCUCAUCGGGUGUACCAAGACUCGCCCGCAAAUCCAGCCUGGUGUCUCGGCGCGUGUUUCAAAGCACUGGCUAAAUGCAAAGGAUGGAAUAAAGGAUCGAGCGUAGAUGCUUGGUUCAAUAAAUGCGUCAGUAGCUAUAGUUGGAAUCCCUCAGUACUCGAAGGCUUGGCAUCCCUCUCGCAAUUUUGCGGUCAACCAAUGGCGUUCACAGAUGUAUUUCAAGCUUUGAUUCCCGCUUUGACAUCCCAUAUCAACUCCCUUCGGCGCAGUAGCCUGCAAAUCCUGGCGAGUAAAGCUGUAAGACGGAGUGCGGAAGAAGAGACCGCAGUAAAUAUCUGUUUACAAGCGGAGAGUGUCGAGUUGUCAAGCACUCGUGCCCCAGAACGCGUCUUGAAAACGUCCAGGAUCGAGAGAUCCCUGAAAACUCGUAACAAUAGCGCAGUUCAAAGUCAAUCUGAUGCCUUGGAAAUGCAAAGCUUGUUUGACGAGGCCAGCUUGUUUGACAAAGCCCCCAUAUGGGCGGUAGAGGUCGAUAAGGAGUAUCCAUAUCAAGAAGAUGAAAAGACCUGGAGAAAUCCUGGUCUUCAAGAGACGUACAAUGCUCUGAGUUUGGUCAAGACGAACAAUGAUUCAUCAUCCUUGAUCAAGGUGAGAACCCCUUUCUCCGACAUCAAGCUAUGUUCUGAACUUUUCAAGGACCAACUGGUGGAGGAGAGAUUUGACCGAGAGAACUACGAAAAGCAGUUAUUAAAGACGUUAGAAGGUUGCGCACAAUAUGCAGAACGUCACAACCGCGAUCUUAUCCCACUGUUUCUCUCAUUCGCUUCUCCUGAGCAUGGAACACGUACCUCUCACCACAAGCUCUCCUCUUGGCUGACACUGUUGGCUAAAUUCAAUAACCCGAAAGGUGUCUAUUCUGCCACUUCAUUACACUCCUUAUACAAUUCCCUCCUAUCGCAUCCGGACCGAGUCUUACAGCGCCUUUCCAUGGACUGUAUCUUCUCAUACAAGAACAAAGCCAUUACCGAUCAUGAAGAUACUAUAAGGGGGUUGCUCGAUGACGCGACGUGGAAGGACCACCUCACCGGGCUUGACCUAGCAAGCGCCAUGCAGACUCCAGAGCGAUCCGAAUACGUCGAAAUCCUCAUUCGCUUGUUCUAUGGUAUGAUGAGAGAGCGUCGUGGUCGUAACAAACCCCAGGACAGACGCGUGACUCUCCUCUCCGCCCUGAGGCAAUGCCAGGAUGAGGAAUUGGCUACACUUGUAGAUCUUAUGCUACAGCCAUUCCAGCUAAUGAACUUCCCGUCAUCUGGAACCAUCUCCGCAGUAUCUACACUACCACACUCGAUCACGGGCAAGCAGCAAACGAUAAUCAUGAUCGUGGGCAACGCCCAACAGGACAUCCAACAGGCGAAGACACAUGAAGACGCUAUGCAAGACGAUGAAGAGACCAACGAAGAUGACAACGUCCCAGAAGAAGGAGAUUCUAAU